GGAGAAGAAGCACUUAGACGUGUGCACCUCCGAUGUGGCCGAUGGUCCUCAUUUGCUCCGGCUCAACGAUAGCGACAGUAUCAACAGGAGGAGGAGGAGGAGGAGGAGGAGGAGGAGGAGGAGGAGGAGGAGGAGGAGGAGGAGGAGGAGGAAGAGGAGGAGGAAGAAGAGGAGUCAGAGCCAGAGUCAGAGGAGGAGGAGGGGCAGUGAUCGAUCCUCCGGGGGGCAGCCAGCGGUGUUGCCAUCCCUGCGAUCCGGGGCGGGCGGCGAGGCGAGGCGAGGGGCGGCGUGAAGGCGGUGUGACGUAACGACGCUACCUCAUAACAGGGACUGAGCUCCUUGUAAACACGCCGCCUGCCCCUCGCUCCUCGCUGCUCGCUCCUCCUAGCCGCCGCCGCUGCUGGGUCCCCGCCGCGCCGUGUUCCUCCUCCUCCUCCUCCUUCUCCGUCGCCUCCAACAGUCAGCGCUCCAGUCACCCCGCCCGCCCGCGCCAGUUCGGUCCAGUCAGUCAGCCAGUCAGCGCUCCCCUUCGCCCCUCCGUCACUCCAUCAACCAGCGAUUGUUUGAUCGAGUGACGUGACUGUGUUUGAUAAAAGUGCGAGUCAGAAAGUUUGUUGGCGAGGAGGAAAAUGAGAAACGUGUAUGAAACGCAGCGAGAGUAAAAUGAGUGACAAUAAGGUGAAACAAAACUGAACAUAAAGGAAAAGUAAAGGACGACUGUGGUAAUAAAAGGAAGAAAAACAAGAUAUAAAACUUAAACUAACUGAAAUUCGAAAAAGAAUAGAACACUGAAAAUACAGAAGUGAAAAUAAAAUAUGACGUAACUGAUAAAAUAGGAAAAAAAUAGAAAAGUGAAUAAUGAUAGUGAUUUUAUUAAGAGGAAACACUAGAUAUAAGACUGGAAAUGAAACUGGAAAAUAGGAAAGAAAUUAAAACAUUGGAAAUCUAGGAAAGAAAAAGAGAAACAGACCUGAAAAUAAAGGGAAAGAGAGGAAUGACAAUGACAAUGUAAGGAAGGGAAAUUAGGCGAAAAACGAAGACUAAUAUAUAACUAAAAAUAAAUUAAAGCAUUGAAAAAACACGAGGAAAAAAAUGUGAAAUGGAACUGAAAACACAGGAAGAGAAAAGUGAAGUAUGAUGGUGGCAAUGGAGGAAACUGACAGAAACUGAAAGUAAGACAACAUUGAAAAUACAGGAGAAAAAAUAAAACGGAACAGAACCGAAAAUAAUGAAAUAAAAAGGAGCAAUACAAGAAAAAAAAGGAUACAGUAACAACCACCACUGUGACGAUUUAAGAACCGAUGACUAGACGUUAAUUUGAAACCAAUGAAAAUAAACUUAGAAAAAUGUGAAGGAAACUGAAAUUGAAGAAAGUAAGCAGAAAAUACUGUGAAAACGAAUGACUGCACGUAAAUAAGUAAAUGGUUACGAGUAGGAAAUUAAAAGGAAUGAACUAAUAAACAUAAGAAAAUACGUACGUGGAAAAAGUAAAGCUGAAUGCAGUAAUAAAAAAAAGGAAAUGAAGUUAAAAAUGAUUAAUUCCAAGGAAGGAGGAAAUGGCAUUGGUAAAGAAAUGAAAAAUUAGAUCAAAAGCGUAAAAAAAACAAAAAAAAACGAAGCAGGAAAAAAUCAAAAGAAAAAUAUACGCAAAAAUGAGUACCGUACAUCUUCAUUAAUUAGAUAAGAAAAAAAGGAAAAAAAGAAAAUGGAAAAAAAUUAUGCAGAGUGGAGAAUGAUAUAUGUCGGGAACUUAUUUAGAAAAACGUUGAUAUAUUAAACAACAAAAGCAAUCAAUAACUUAAAACAAACGAAACUUGAAGCCACUUAAAACAAAAAACAACAACAGCAGCGAGAAAACAACAACAAAAACAAACAAACAAAUUCCCGUACCUGAAAAAACUCAUAAAAAGGGAGAGAAAAAGUUAGGGAAUACUGAAAAAGAGAGAAAGUAAAAAAGAGAAAAAAAGAGAAAAUUGGUGACCCGUAACUGUAACGUGAAAGAGGAAUUACUGAAAAGAAAAAAAAAGUCUCUCUCUCUCUCUCUCUCUCUCUCUCUCUCUCUCUCUCUCUCUCUCUCUCUCUCUCUCUCUCUCCGGAAAAAGUUCACUAGACUGCGGUCGAAAAGGCAAUUGACACACACACAAAAAAAAUAAAACUAGACAACCCAUAAAAGUGAAGCACAGAAUAAAAGAAAUAGAGAAAAGGAAAAUAAGUGUGUGCGGCAUGCAGGCGACGUGGGCAGGUGUGUGUACAGGUGUGAAGGCGGACGCUGAUCCACCUGACAGAAGGAAAGGUGUUGUGGGUGCCGCGGGAGCCAUGGGGAGGCGGGGGGCGCGGCGGUCCCAGUCCCUCGUGCCUGAAGGGGCCUCGGAGGUGCGUCGGGCCGGGUACUCCAUAGCGCUGCGCCAGGGGGGGUUCCGCUCCCUUGUGUUGGGGGAGGGGCUCGACCUGGCGGCGCAGCACGACUUGGCGGCGGCGUUCGGGCAAGACAUCCCCGUCACGUCGCCCUCCACGCUGCCCCGCCGGAAGAGCACGAAGACUAAGCCUGCGGUGUCCCUUCACAAGAACCUCUCCUAUACGGCCUCAGACCCUACAGCGGUGUCCAGCAAGCAGUGUACCAGCUGCGGCGACCACCUUGGACAUUGCCUCUGCGCCUUGAGUCUCUUUGAAGCAUGCGGCCUCCACGACCACUCCCCACUGGCCUCCCACACCCCUAGACGCACUCACUCCCUCCUCCGCCGCUCUCCUCGCUCCUCGACGUGUCCCCCAAGAAGGCCCUCCAGAAGCCUAACAGCGAGACACAAACACAAGUCAAUCCAGGAGGAGGGCGGCGAGGAGAGCUUCACACCGGGUACUCCUGGGAGCGAGGCCCAGACCCCUGAUAGUGAAGUGUGUACCCCUGAGGGAGGCACACGCAGCCCGGACAGUAGUGCCAACACGCCGGAUGACAACACUAGACACGAAAAGAGGACGCCAGAAGGAAAAAUGACACCCCGCGCCUUAAGAGCUCUCCUUGAAACACGAUCUGCGACCCUCGGGAAGGAGGAAGAGGACGAAAAAAGUGGAAAGCGAAGAGAUGAGGGCCAACAGCGAGGAGGUAAUGGUAUUGAGAGGAAAGCAGAUCCCGCACUCCUUAAGCCCAUGAGACGAUUAAGCAUCUAAGGGUUCCAAGAAAAAGAUAAACAGAGGAGAAAAUAGAGUUGGAAAAGGUGGAGAAAAUAAGAACCAUUAAUUAGCUGUAAUGUGAGAGAUUGUGAGUCCAGGAGAAUCAGAUAGUCUUUGAAACCAGAACCCGUUGACAAGGUUAUGAAACGGGUGAACAUUGCAUGUUUGUUGCAUAAUAAAAAGACGGAAAAAGGUAACACACAAAAAGUAAAAGUAUAAAGAGAAUGAAAACGAGCAAAAACAUCGAGACCUCGUUAAGGAAAAUAAACGAAAGUAAAGGAAAAGCUUACUUAGAAAAAUAGAUUGAGAAAACGGUACAAAUUCAGAAAACACGAGAAAAUACAAGGAAACACGUCGAAUACCGAGGCUGUACAAAAGCAUACUAAAUGUUAAGUGUGACAUAUGUUGUGUGGUGGUCAGUAAGUAACUGUGAUGUAGUAGAUAUUUUGUGUUACACGACAAAUAAAAAAAUGUGACUAUACGCCAAAAACGACUCUUUCUUUCCUCCUG